GUUUCUAUCGAAUACGAUUGAAUUGUUUUAACGUUUGAUGCGUUUUAAAUUCAAAUUAUCCUUGAUAAUACUCAGAAAUACGUAAUAUUUUCCAUUUUCCUUAUCUGAAUGAAAACGCCUUAUUUCUUAAAGUAACGUAUGUCGUUUCCUGUUUGGAAAUUCCCAGGGUUGUAUAAAUCUGUUGUAUCUUGUUUCUACGUAUUGAUUCCGCUAACAUUUGAGUUAAUUCAUUUGUUUCAAUUGACCAUUAAGAUUCCAAUUAGAGAUUGUUGAAAGUAGAACGCAAACUGAAUGUUUGAAUCUAUAUUCCUUAACAACAAUUGAUUGAUUUAUUUUAUUCUACUUGGUUAUAGAUAAAAGGAAAAUUCUUAUAGACAGACCAGUAUUUGAAGGAAGUUCAGUAUUAAAUAUAUUUUGAGAGCCUUGUUUGAAGAAAAAUAUACAGCAUGGAUGGAAAGACCUUAAGAUGGACAUUGGGAGUAAUGUUACAAACACUGGACCAUAUAUAGAAACAGUUCGUUCAUUACACCAAACAGUUACAGCUCUGAGAACUGCCUUAGAAGAGAGUAAAAAAGAAAUUCUCCAUCUCAAAACAAAAGUUUGGCCGAUUGAUACUAUUGAACAAUCCUUAACUGCUCUUGCCAUAGAAAAUCAUGCUCUCCGAAGAAAACUACUAGAAGGUAAUGAUUCUGCGGGAAAACCACCUGAAGAAAAAGUUGUUUUGACUAAACCAAGUAACAAUGAAGUUAAUACUGUCCCUCCUUUAGAGACAACAACAAAUCUUGAUAAUUUACAAGCAAAUUCUGAAGUAUGUACCCCAGAGUUAGAAGUAGGAGAUUCUCUUGAAGAAAACAAAAAGGCACAAUCAAUUAGAGAAACUGCAUCUUCUGCAGAAAAAGAUGAUAGUUCCUCUACUCAACUUAAAUCUGAAUUUGUGAAUAAUAAACAUAUAUUGGAAGAUAAAGAUAAUGUAGAGAAGUCUGUCUUCAAAACAGAUGAAAAAGAAUUUAACAAAAAUUCUAAUUCUAUUUAUAGAGACACAGAUGUGACUCGAGAGGAACCUGAAACUGUUUCUUUGAAGAUUGAUUCUCAAAAGCAAUCUCUUAUAAAUAUUGAUGCUAAAGAAAAAAUUAAGCCUAGCUUAGUGAAUAUUGCAUUAUCUCCUUCCUCUGAAAUCACCAAAAUUAAUGGAAAAAAGAACAAAAAGAAGUUGAAUAAAGUUAAGGAGGUUUAUUUUGCUGAUAAUUUACAAAAAAGUGGUUUGAAUUCAGUGAAUGAAACAAAAAAGGCCAAAAGGGAAAAACGAUUGAGUAAAAAACAAUUAAAAUUGUCAACAGUCCCAGGACUCAGAAGUGUUCACAAAAAUAAAAUAAGGGCCUCUGUUCAUAUAAGAGCAAAAACAUUUGAUGAUAAUAAAAAUUCAAAAUCUUUAGAUAGUCUUACUAUUGUUAAAACUCCUCUAAGGGAGUUGACAUUUUCAAAAUCCGCACAGUUUUUCAAUUUGAAUAGUAAGAUAACUUGUGAAAUAACUAAUAACAUUUUAAAUAUGUCAGAUGAUAAAAAUAUGAAUUCAAACAAUACAUUUCCAACUGAAGAAGAAAACAAUUUUACUGAUAAAGUUGAAGAUAAAUGCCAAAAUGACGCAGAACAGGAGCCAGAAGUGGAUGAUAUUGAAUUGAUAUUCACAACAGAUGAUACAAAGGAGUCAGAUUUCAAGGAGCAACUGGUUUCAAUCGAUUCAAUUGAAAGGCAAAAUAAUGCUAGUGGUGUUAAGUUGCUAGCUCCUGAUAAUGAUCAAAGUUUAGACAUUUCUGAUAGAGAAUUGGAUGAUGAUGUUUUUGGUGGUUCAUUUGAACAGGAAAAUCAAGAAUGCAAUUUGCAAGUUUUUCAAUUGGAAAGAGAUAAUUCCCAGUUGUACAAUUCAAAGUCCGACAAUUCAAUUAAUCAAGAAGACAAGAGUUUGAGAAGUUAUUAUUCAUAUCAGGAUUCAAGUUUUGAAAAUAAAUCAAUGGAAAAAGAUGAGAGUUUUGAUAGAUUCGAAGAAAGGAUCAGAAUUGUGGAAACUGAUAUUUCGAAAGUUGGUAUUCAGGAAAUUGAAUAUGCAGGGAUCAGAAGGAAUACAUGCCCCAAUCCUAUGCAAUACAGGCCCCUCCUACACAGAGAAGCAAUCAAUAAGGGUCUUAACGUUAAGAAGAGUAGGCCAAUUUUGGCACAUUCCAAUGCGAUAAGGAAAGAAUCUGGUGCACAAACUGAUAUUUCUGCUCUUCCUGGGUCUGCUUGGAGGUCUGAAAGUAGCUUAGCCAAUAAGGCCCAUCUGGGUGAGAACUUCACUACUUUACCAUCAAAAUUCCCUCUUCCUGGAUCUCGUUUGAAAUUGUCUGAAAAGAACACAGUCGAAGCACGAAGAGUUCUGUUAUCAGACAUCGGUUUCACCAGCAUGGUGCCUGAAUUGUCAAGAUCCGCCGACCAUCUAUGUCCCACUGCCCUCAAACCGCCUGUAACCACUUACGGUCAAUUUUUGAGAACCCCAGAACUCUAUUCUCCAGCAGCCUAUACUAGUCAACGUUUCACAUGGACUACAACCACUGCCACCCCAAGUGACGGAAGUCAGUCACAUUCCCGUUACAGCAUUAAUCCCCUCACUCCACCAAUUCAGACAAGAAGGUGCUCGGCACCCGUUUCUCCAUCAAGAAGGGGCACACUCAAGAGCACUUCCUCCAGAGUUCGUUUCGCAAAUGGAUCCCUCCCGGAACUGAGAGGAGAUUGGACUCAAAUGACAGCUGACAGCGGUGACUCAACGGACAGUCUGGUUGAAGAAGCAGAAAAUUAUUUGAGAAGAUCGAUCGACUGUAUAUUGGGUACUUCAAUGAAAAAUGAUUAUAGCGAUUCGAGAAGGAAUAUUCUUCGAAGAGCAUCUGCACCUGAAUCCACAAGCGAUAAUACUCCCCCCCAGGGCUGGCAACCUUUCCUGCCUAGACAGCCCAGAGACUUGAAACCAGAUCAUUGGGUCAAAGUCAUAACCCCGGAGGGUAAAGUCAAAGGAGGCAGGGUGCGAUACAUAGGACCUGUAGCAGCGCAGAUUGAGAUAUUUGUUGGCGUUCAGUUGGCAGUCCCAGAAGGGCAUUCUGACGGUACUUACAAUACAAGGAGAUACUUCCAAUGUGAACCGUACCAUGGAAUAUUUGUUCCAUUCAAGAAGGUCAUCAUGGGAUGGAGACCUUAAAGUAAUCAUAUACGUAAGUAGUUAUUAUGUGAAGGGAGACGUUGUUCAUUAUUUCAGGAAAUCUAAUUAUAUGUACCUGCAGACCUAUCCUAAAAAUGUGCCAUAUUAAACUGAAAAGUUUUGAUGUGUUUAUUCGUCUCUUAGCAUCAUAUUUUAUAUUUUUGUUAAUUUUGUAUUCUUUCUGAACUAAAAAUGAAAAUCAUUAUUUACUUAUCUAGUUUUUAUAUCAAAGCUUUUCAGUAGUGAAAAAUGGGAAAAACAGGACUAC